UAAACCUCCCCACCAACGACCGGGGACCAGUGAGAGCACACAGUGGAAACAUCAUCGGCCGGCAGACCGGCAGGCAUCCACCACACAUAAAGCAUUCUGAAAAGAAAGGAACACCAUGCCCCCAGCGUAAUGUCUGCCCAAGUUUCAUUGCACAAGUUCUCCUUUCCAUUUGCCUGCUCUGUAAGCCUUUCUUCUCAAGACAAGGUGACCCAGGAGGUACAGCUAAAGAACCCAGAAGUUCAUAAACUUAAAGAGAACCCAACAUUAGGGGAGGAGAACCGCAUUACAGUUGUACAGGCAUUUGUGAAGAAUGAGGACCGAGCUCUGGAGAGCACAAAACCUCCCGACGGGGGAGACACAGGUGCCGCCCGGCCCUGCGUCAGUCCAGAGGCCUCCCAGAAUGCCAUGGUUGCCAGGCAAAGCGUGGCAGAAAAUCUGAGAGUGGAGGGCGAGGAUCAACGUCCGGCAGCAAAGAGGCAGCUGUCCUCAGAGAGCGCAGCCAAGUCCAUCACAGCUGUGAAAAAAAGUGCACUGAGGAAGGAGCCAAAUGAACAGAAACACCUGCACCAGAAAGCACAACUGGGACAAGGAGGAGGAGUGAAAGCUGCUCUGCCAGGCAAAAGAAAGCAUCAGAAGAGCCUGUUCAAGAGCUCAGAGGUCUUCCACAGGCUGGACUCCCAUGUCAUCAGGGCCGGAGUGGAGCUGAAACUGAAGCGCGUGUAUGACGUGAAGACAAUUGUACAAAGCAUCACACAGGGAUGCAGAAACGAGCUGGAGCAACUACGCGCCAUCUGGGUGUGGCUGUGUAACAACAUUGAGUACGACGUGAGCGGCUAUCUGGGCCACACAGAAAAGCUGAGCUCCCCGGAGGAGGUGAUCGCGGCCGGCCGCGGGGUUUGCUGUGGCUACUCCAAUCUCUGUACAGAGAUGUGCAGAGAAGUGGGCAUCAAAUGCCAAGAAGUGCCAGGCCACAGCAAGGGCAUCGGUUACCGGCAAGGUCAUAGUUUAAAGAAUGUGAAGUCGGAUCACCUGUGGAACGCUGUGCUUCUGGGGGGGGACUGGUUCCUCCUGGAUGCCUGUUGGGGAGCUGGACGAGUAGAUAUGCAACAUGAAAGCUUUGUCAAAAGGUUUGAUGACUUCUAUUUCCUAACUGACCCAGAAGAAUUCAUCGAUUCACACUUCCCAGAUGAGGAGAAAUGGCAGCUCUUGGACAAGCCCAUCUCCAUUGAGGAAUUUGAACAAAGGGUCUUCAAAACCUCAGCCUUCUUCACCAUGGGGCUCAGCCUGAUAAGUCCUCUUCACUAUCAUAUAGUCACAGAUGAUGGGGAGGCAACCAUAUCCCUCGGUUUCUCAAAGCUGACAACAUUCACCUAUGAGAUUACUCAGCAUCAAGAUCUCCUCCACUGUGGAGCUUUAGAGCAGAAAGAGUCAAUCAAUUCCUCCUUUGGCCUUCUAACUGUCUCGCACAGGAGUAUGACGUUGCAGCUGCUGCCACCUGAAAGUGACACAUACGAUGUCAAAUUGUUUGCUAGAUCUGGAAGCGCUACAACUCCUCUGGUUUGGGUUUGCUCCUUCACUGUUGAGUGUCCAAACCCAAGGGCCACUGAGGACAUGCCAGAGAACCCUUUCCUGUCCUGGGGCCUACAGCCUUUUGCAGGAUCCUUGGGUGUCAUAGGCAGUUCCCAGAACAGUCAGGUUGCCGAAGUGGAAGAUGGGGUCUUUGACCUAGUGUUGAAGACUUGCCGGUCUCUAAUGGUGUUGUGUGAACUUGUCCAUCCACAAAUGGAAGGUGCUGUAGCCAGGUGCUGCCUGGCAACUCAGAUUCAACCAGAUAAACUCACAUGUCAUGUCUUGUGCCCAUUUCAUGGUUUCUACCGACUUUCAUUGUUUGUGCGGGACUAUGAGAAGACAGAAGACAAGUUCCAGAAUGCUGCAAAUUACCUAUUGCACUGCAAAGAGAAGGUUGUUGGAUUAGAAGAGCUGUUUCCUCCCAAUCUGGGCUCGGCAUGUGGGCCAGGAACCCGAACAGCAAAUGCAGGGCUAUCGAGAUUCAGCCACAACUCAGCCAUUGUGAGUACCCAGCAAGGCAAGUGUAACCUCACCUUCCACAACCAGCAGGACCUUGAGCUUCACUAUGUUCUCAGCAAAGAGAACAUAAACUCAAAUUUUCCACUUUCACGUUACGUGUUCUGCACCUACACAGACCGUAAGGUGACGGUGAGCCUCAGUCUACCCGAGGCUGGGGUGUAUCGGCUAGGACUCUAUGCCCGGAUCUCCACCGGAGGAGAUUUCAGCCCAAUGUGUGAUUUUGUUUUAAGGAACACCUCUCCUCAGAUAAGACCUCCAUUCCCCUGUGUCUACUCUGCCUGGGGGAAAGGAUGUGUACUGUUUGAGCCUCGUGUGGGCCUACUGGAGCCGCUCUCCUGGGUCCUUUUCAGGGUUCGGGUCCCUGGAGCCCUCCGGGUAAGUGUGGUGGGAGAGAGCCGAAUUGACCUACAACUGAACAAGAGCAGAGUGUGGGAGGGGGAGGUUUUCAGUGGAAACAGUCUUCAGCAGCUGAAACUGGCAGCUUCUUUAGGCGACUCCAGUGAGAUGUCCGUUUUGAUGAUGUUUGACGUAAAGCAGCUUCUGACUGAAGAUGCUAAUAAGGACUGACAAAACUCAGGAGUCGAGAGAAACCAGUCAAACUGUGAGCUCUUGUCUUUUAGGUUUAAGAGAGUCAAUUUUAGAACUAAAUAUUCGCAAUGGAAUUUAUGACUCGACUUUAAAGUGUGAAUAGGUGUGUGAGCUAUGUUCCAGUGAAGCUCUACAAGACAGUGACUGACUCCAGAUUAUUAUGGAGGUUCACCUCAUAUUUAUACAAGGCUUCUCCAACAGUUCUAGUGCUGGCCAUAAAAACUUGAAGAACCAUUAGCAGUAAUAUUUUCUCUUCUCAAUAACAUUAACUGUCUCAUAACUUGUGUGUAUGUUUUACCUUUUGUUCUUUUCCAAUCUGCUUCAGUUUAUUGGGAACAUUUUUUUUUGUGCAGUUUGCUAGACUUCCACUGGAGAACCUCAGUCAGACUGAGGGCUGGGUUUUUAUUAGACCAUUACCCUAGGUACCCCCCACCACCACUCCUCCUUUUGAGAGCCAAUCAGCUGUGGAUUUUCUGCUCUGUUCUGACUUACUGUUGUUGUCAGAUGAUCCAAUUUUAAAUCAGCUUAUCCAGUUGGUCAAAUAACCUCUAUUGACUCAGGAAGCCUGUGAUAUUCAGUUUUCAUGGUUGAUUCAAUGAGAACAAGAUGCGAAGGCCCCGCUGCUUCAGAGGAAGCAAACAUACAGACUUGUGCUUGACUUUCAGUAUGAGGUACUUCCUGUAAGAUGCUUUUAUUAUUAUUAUUAUUAUUAUUUUAUUAAACAUCUGCAUGUCUCCCCCAUCUGUCCCAUAUGCAUCUCACUGACCAUGCCUUUGUUAAAAAUGAAAAAAAAAAAAUACUGAACCAGUGGAGUAGGUGAUGAAUGCCAUUUGUCUGGCAUUAACCUAACUUUAUGACUGAGUAAAGACCAGAUGCAUUUCACUGUCAUAGUCUGUCUAAAGCUACAUAUUUAAAAAUGGUGCUAAGUGAUGUAGCUACAUCAAUCAAGAAUGCAUUGGUGUGUAGUGAGUGUGGUAUGUAAUGCUAAACUGCUGUUAAAAGGUAUGCAAUAAAAAUGCAUUGUGAAAAUAA